UUUUCUCUUUCCCCCUCUUUUUUUUUUAUUUUUUUACUUAUUCAUACAAGAUGCCUUUAAUCUAUGCAUCUCCACUAGAAAAUGAACGCAUGACAAGAAGAAUUUUACCAAGAACUUUUAGUCGAUAUAAUCUGAACGUUGCAAGGUAUGAAAAAUAAUAAUAAGCAGUUGCAGUCAGAUCCUUAUCACAACAAGGUCGUCAAGCUGAUAUUACACUCACCCAUAGUACCGAUAGUAGUGAUCAUAGCAGUGAUGAUACAGCCAGCAGUGGGAAUAGCAGUGAUAGUAGUAUUAUGGAAGAUGAAGAGGAUGAUGAAGAAGAGAACAUCAUGCACUCUUUAUCCAAUCAUAGUGACGAAGAAGACGAUGAUGAUGAAGAGGAUGAUGACCUGACUCGGUCCAGAGUGGAUAUUUACAGACUUGCUAUCCGAACAAACAGUGAGAUAUUAGAAGAUUUGGCUGCUAUUAUUAGAAUACUUCGCCAAAUCAAUGCCAUUUAUAGAGUGUUUCAUACAAACCAUCGUCAUUUUCAUACAAGACCUUCCACCACAAGAAGAAGACCGGUUUUGUUACCCCAUCAUAAUGAUGAUGAUGAUAAUGAUAAUGAUGACGACACAGAGAAUAACCCAGACAGUGAUGAUGAUGAUGAUGAAGAAGAAGAAGAUGAGGAUGAAGAAGCCAACAAACUAUUGGAGGCAGGAUUGCAGGAUCUACAGACAGUUUUGACCAUGGAAAAUGACGGUGGAGGUAUUAAAAGACAAUCGACGUUGGCAUUAUUAGCAUUAAUCACAUACCAAUAUAAUCACUGUUCGGAUACCUAUUUGCGUCAUUAUCUGGAUCCCAACGGUGAAUAUAAUCCUGCACUAGCCAUCUUUGCCGCUGCCACCUAUGAUGAAGAAGAAUCCACUUUACGUGAUCAACCGCCACGAUCGUGCAAGGAUAUCAUGGUGGCUGCAGAAGAGCUCUAUGGUCCUGAUUGGCUAGAGGAAUUUCAUAAGGGCAAAGAAGGUGCCUUGAGAAAAAUGUUGGAGAAAUUAACUUUUGUAGCUCAAAUCAGAUUGAAAGUGCGUGCCUCUUCCCCUUUACCCGUGCACCGUUAACUUUUGUACAACCUCUCUCACCCACUCACACACACAAUCCUUUAUCCAAUAAUACUCUAUUAAAAAAGUUACGGACGGUGUAAAUUUAUCCCGGAAUAAGACAUGUUUACAUGUUGAGAUAGAUUAAAAAGUAAAGUGG